UUCCGGAAAACUCAACUAAAGACUAAAUUGACUAAAACCGCUUGACCACUUCUCUACUGAUUUUUAGACGAUAAUCAGACGAUAAUCAUGGCACGAUGAGCAUUGUUGGGUGGGAAGACAUGUCGCUCGUGAAGUGCUACAGAUUGCCAGGAUGGCACUGAUCUCCUGACGUCUGCGUCAUUUAUGGUUAGGUACGAUUAGCCAAACUGAUACGCAGUGAUAAGAAUUCGCAAUGUCCCUCACGAGUCUUCCUCUGGUCUCCAAGCUGUCAAAUCGAGUCAUCAGGAUAUUGGGAUGUAAUCCUGGGGUGAUGACACUCCAAGGGACCAACACCUACCUCGUUGGCACUGGUAAAAGUCGAAUUUUAAUCGACACAGGGGACGAGCACACAUCCCCAGAGUACACAAAGCUCCUAAAAUCAGUCCUGGAGGAGGAAAACACGACAAUUUCCCACCUCCUAAUCACCCACUGGCACCACGACCACAUAGGAGGUGCCAAGGACGUCCAGACUCUGAUAAAAUCCUCAUCGAACCCGGCUCCACUCGUCUGGAAGCUGCCCCGAUCCCCGGAGGAUCAACACCCGGAGGAAUACCCCAUCGAGGUGAAUUCCCUGAAAGACGAGCAGUCGUUUGAAGUCGACGGGGCUAAACUCACUGUGAAACACACCCCGGGGCACACGACGGACCACGCGUGUCUCGUUCUCCAGGAGGAGAAUGUCCUCUUCAGUGGGGACUGCAUCCUGGGAGAGACAACAGCUGUUUUCGAGGAUCUGAAGGAUUACCUGGCGUCUCUGAGCAAAAUCCUGGGCCUGAAAAAUUCGGUUAUCUACCCUGGACAUGGGCCAGUCGUGGAGAAUCCUGCGCCGAAGAUUCUGUAUUAUAUCGAGCACAGGAGGAAGAGGGAGGAGGCGAUAAUUGAGGUGCUGAGGGGGAGUGAGGGGCAGCCACUGGACGAGAUGGAGAUCGUCGGGUUUAUCUAUCAGGAGACGCCGAGGGAGCUCUGGCCAGCUGCUGCUGUCAACGUUCUUCAUCAUCUGCAGAAGCUGCUGAAGGAGGACAGGGUGACGAGGGGGAGGGACGAUAAGUGGGUGAUUAAGUCUUGAUGAAGAGGGAAUGCAGACACCAUUUUUUAUAUCUUCAGUAAAAAUGACUUGAUCGAUUACUGAAUUAAUCGUUUUUUCGAAAUCCUGGCAAAUUUGAAGAUGUAUACAAUUUUUUAACGAUUGGGUAAGCCGAAUAAUGCCAAGAGGAAUGGAGGAGGCAGUCCGAGAGGAAUGGUAAAGCUCCUAAAGAACUGAGUGGCACAAGUCGUGAUGAAAUGAUACUAAUAUAAAAAAUAAUAGGGUGUUCCGAAUCAUUCCUCACUCAAUUUUUUAUUGAAACUAUCGGAACAUUAUUUCAUAUCGUUUUUUAUUUAGGAUUAUUAAUAAUAAUACUGUUAUCAGCGGUGGCCAGCUUUUUAUAUUUGUUUAAAGAAGGGAAUUACUCUACUUUUAUUUGUUAAAAUUUAAUGUAUGACGGCAAAACGCCCGAUAGGCUACAUGUGGCAUACAAUAAAUUAAUACAAUUUUGUAACGCGA